CUCAUUCAUUACCCAAUGAUGUAUCGAUUUUUACAUUACUCAUCUCUAUAAGUGAAAAACUCGGAGUUGGCGAUAAGGCUAUGAUCGAACUCAGCUGUUUUUUGUCCUGUUGUCAAUAUUAUGAUUUUGAAACGUGAAACGUCCCUUUUUGGAAUUCCUACAUAAACUGAACUAAAAAGAAAAAUCAAAAAUGCCACCUGGAAAAGAAAGCGAAAAGGAUCACGUUCUGUCAAAGCGACUCGGUAAAAUAUUGGAGUUACGAUUUGAAAAUGACCAGGACACAUUAGAUGCCUUGAGCCAGUUGUCUACGUUUUACACUAAUAACACACUGCAUGCUCGCAGAAAUUUACGAAGUCAGAUAGAGAAAAGAAACUUGGAUAUUAACAAGGAAUUUCUAGCCUCCUUUUUAGAAGUGAAAAAAUCGUUCGACACAAUUUAUAAUGAGGUGGCUGAUAUGAGUAAAUCAAUAGCUGAUAUGACACAAAGGCUUCAAAACACAAAAACUCACACCAAGCAGCUUUUACAACAAACAAAUUCAUUGCAAGACGAAAGGAAUCAUAAUGUUGUAGAGCAAAAUAUUGCAGAAACUCUUCUGCAGAAGUACCAACUAACUCCUGAAAAUAUGAAUGCAUUACAAGGAAAUCGAAAAGAUCAGUUUAUGAGCUUUGAAAUUUUCAGUGUAUUGGACAAAGUUCAAAACAUUCACAAUAACUGUAAAGUUCUAAUGCAGACUGGUUUACAGACAUUAGCUUCAGAUAUCAUGGAACAAAUGACCUUGUAUCAAGAAGGUGCUUUAGAAAGAUUAUAUAGAUGGACACAAAGCCAUGCUAGAAAUGUGGAAAGCCCUGAACUAACUGAUAUCAUUACACAAGCAAUGGCUAGGUUGCAGGAUAGACCUGUUUUGUUCAAAUAUAUCAUGGAUGAAUACUGCAUCUGCCGCAAAGGUAAAUUGAUGGAAGAUUUCAUCAAUGCACUCACAAGAGGUGGACCUUCAGGAAAUCCAGCACCUAUUGAAAUGAGGUCUCAUGAUCCCCAGAUCUACAUCACUGACAUGUUAGUCUGGUUAAACAAGGCUGUUCUGGCAGAGAAACAGAAUUUACAGUUGUUGCUAAAACUUUGUGACAAUAUUGAGAAGGAAGAGAUAAUAACAGACUCUUUAGCUAUCAUUUGUGAGGGAAUAUGCCAACCUUUGAGAGCAAGAGUAGAGAAGGUUCUUGGUACAUCUUUCCCAGCAUCAGUACUAUAUUCAGUAGUUAACUUGUUAAGAUAUUAUAACAAAUGCAUUUGCAAGGUAGUACAGAAAGGUCAGGUAGUAGAGACUUUAACAACCUUGAAAGAAAGAUGCACCCUGUCAUUUUUCGAUCGUUUGCGGGCAAAUGUAGAAGAGCGUCUAGUCAGGGUGGAGGCGCCUGCACCUGCGAAAUUAGCUCCUACUUCAGCUGUUCAAGCUUUGUUAGCCACUCUUAGGGACACCUUGGCCACUGCUAAUAUGAGUGAUGGCCGGGAGACUGAUAUGCCUAACAUAACCGGUUGCGUGCUGGAACCCCUCCUCCGUUACGCGACCGAGCAAGCCUCGCGCCUCCCAGCUGCCGACAUGGCCGUCUACACGCUGAACUGCGUGCGCGAUGCGUUAGCCUGCCUUCAGAUGUUCGAAUUCACGUCAGCGCGCGCAGAGCGGUUGACUGCGCAGGCCGACGCGCAGCUGGACACGCUGGUGGCCGAGCAAGCGGGGGCACUGGUGCAUAGGCUCAGGCUGGGUCCCUUGUAUGCUAUCUUGCAAGAGUACAGUGGUAGCGGUACAGGGGAGAAGAAACCGUUGGCUGAUGUGCCGGGGAUGGAGCCCAGCAAUCUUAGAGCGUUUCUGGAAAAAUUAGACUACUUUGCUGCCAGUCCAGACGAAGCAUUGUUACCGCAGAUUCAACUUCUAACAUCCACUAAACACAAGAAGGCUGUACAGAAAAGAGCUUUUGAAGUAUUACUGGCCAUAUACAAACAACUGUAUCAAGCUGUUAACGAUCCUACGAAUAAUUACGAGAAUCCGCAGGCUAUUUUUAACAAAACUCCUGAGGAAUUAGAGAAGGUGUUAUUGAAAUAAGCUUAAAAAUGUUGUGUGAUGUUGAAUAAUAUAUGGAUGUUAACUGAACCCA